UCCAACUAUAAAAACGUGCUGCGGUUGCCUCUCAAACCCCCACUCUCUCCCCUAUCUUCCCUCUAGCAGUCUUCGCUGUGCAGUGAGAGAUGGCAGGGACCCUCUCUACUGAGACUGUGGGGAAAGUCUUUUCUCAGCAGUAUUACACCAUUCUGCGUAUUAAGCCUGAGGAAAGCUACAAAUUCUAUGAAAAUUCAAGUGUGGCAACCUGGGAUGAUGCCAAGGAUUCUGUGACAACACUUGAUGGAAUUUGCGAGAUGAUCAUGGCUUCCAACUUCAAGGGCUGUCCGGUUGAAGUGAAAGAUGUUCACUCCCAAGAUUCCUUACAAGGAAGCAUUCUUGUUGUGGUUACUGGUCUUGCCACCUGGAAAGACAAUUCGCGGAGAAAAUUUAGCCAAACGUUUGUUCUUGCUAAACAUAGUACUGGUUUCUUUGUCAUGAAUGAUAUUUUGCGGUUUUUUGAUGACAAAGAACCAAAAUCCCCAUUGGUUGCUGAUUCAGAACCCGCCCAAGAAUCGGUUGAUAUAUCCAUACAAGUGGAAGAAUCCUCUACUGAUGCUGAUGGGAAGAGUGCUUCUGCAGAUUCAAUUGAUGUUAAAGUAACAGUCGAAGAAGUUGCAGAAACUCGGCCUAAGCAAACGGUUUCUGAGGUUGUUUCCGACGUGAAGGAUCCUGCUCCUAAGUCAUCUUACUUAGAAAUGUUGUCGAAGGGGAAAACAUCCUCGACCCCUGCACCAACAACCCGGUUUGUCAGGGUGUCUGCUUUCGAUGAUCUCUCGGGGCAAGAAAAGGCGAAACCACUUGCUGCAGCACAAAAAGGUUCGCCUAAGGCCAUGUCUGUGGCGGCUUCCACUGCCGACAAUGUGACCAAAGACGAAGCUCCUCCAACUCCAACCAAAACUGCAGCAGAGACUAUUCGUGCCCCAAAGGGAAUAUACGUUGGGGGAUUGCCACCGAAUACAACCGUAAAUGAUCUCACCGAUGCUGUCAAGAAAUUCGGUAGAGUCAGAAACGUUGAAGGUGUUCAAGUCGUCGUGUUGGAGGAUAAAUACUGCUAUGGAUUUGUACACUUCCAAUCUGCUGAUUCUGCAAAGAAGGCAGUUGAGGCUCAAGGCAUCACUGUAAAAGGAAAGGAGGCUUACAUUUCUUACAAGAGACUUGGGAGGAAUAAUGCAAGAGCUGCUGCAAACGGCAAUGACAACCGGGGCAGGUCUCCAUCGGGCAGAAGCAAACCCAAUAGCCGAGCUCCAUCGUGCAAUGGCCAUUCUAGCAACGGUGAGACUCACCAUUCGGGCGCAAACCAGCACAACAACAACAACAACGAGAAUGGACACAAAAGUUUAGAUGGAAGCGGUGGAGAAGCCGAUGGGUGGAUUGAACCGAGAAGGAGGAGGAGGAGAGGGAGGGACCAAAGGAGCAAUGGCGAAGCACUUCGAGAUCACACAAGUGGCACUGCAGCCACUAGCCAACAGUAGAGAGAUAUCUUCUUUUGUUUUGUUUUAAAAGGCUUAUAGUUUUUUUGGUCCUCUUGGAACUAUUACUAUCUCAUUGAAAUUAUUGAGUUUUCUUCUUUAA